UCCCUUCCUUCCGAUCUCUGCUCGGAGGGGCCUGCGCUGACCACUCAGCCUGGAUUGUCCCCAUCACCCACUGUUAGGGCACCCUGUGUGCUCCUUCAUAGCUCUCAGUGCACUUCAGAGCAAUCACAUCUCUUUUUUUGUUGGUUAAAACAUUUAUUAUCUGUCCCCUCCCUGAGAACGUAAAUCCCUCCAUUCAAGGCCUCGCCUGUCUUCACUCCUGUUUCCCCAGCACCAUCCAUGGUGCCUGGCACAGGUGGGCACUGAAUGUUCGUUGGCGAACAGUGAAGGGCAUGGUAUUGCCACAGGUUGGAGGAGCAGCAGCUGGAGGCAGUGCGGGACCCUGGAUUGGACCUGAGACCAGAAAAGGACAUUAGUGGAACGACUGGUGACAUCCCAGUGAAGUCUGUGGCUAGUUAAUAGUACUGUAUGUACCAAGGCAGACUUCGUUUUAAGACUCUCUCUGUGGUUCUGUAAGAUGUGAGAAUUAGGGAAGCUGGGUGAAGGGUGUGUGGGACUUUCUGUACUUUUUAUUUUUUUUUUCACUCUCCUGUAAGACUCCAGUGACCUCAAAAGAACAAGUUGAGAAGGGUGACAUGAGAUGAAGGCGACAGAUAAAGAAAGACGGAAGAGAAGAUUGUUUGACAUCUACAGGAAGGUGCCCAAGGACCUUACGCAGCCGACGUACACCGGGGCCAUUAUCUCCGUCUGUUGCUGCCUCUUCAUCUUCUUCCUCUUCCUGUCGGAGCUCACUGGAUUCAUCACCACAGAAGUCGUGAAUGAGCUGUAUGUCGAUGACCCGGACAAGGAGAGCGGGGGCAAGAUCGAUGUCAGCCUGAACAUCAGUUUACCCAAUUUGCACUGUGAAUUGGUUGGGCUCGACAUCCAGGAUGAGAUGGGCAGGCACGAAGUGGGCCACAUCGACAACUCCAUGAAGAUCCCGCUGAACAAUGGGGUGGGCUGCCGCUUCGAGGGCCAGUUCAGCAUCAACAAGGUCCCUGGCAACUUCCACGUGUCCACACACAGUGCCACAGCUCAGCCACAGAACCCAGACAUGACCCAUAUCAUCCACAAACUCUCCUUUGGGGACACGCUACAGGUCCAGAACGUCCAUGGAGCCUUCAAUGCUCUCGGAGGAGCAGACAGACUCACCUCCAACCCCCUUGCCUCCCACGACUACAUCUUGAAGAUCGUGCCCACGGUUUACGAAGACAAAAGUGGCAAGCAGCAGUACUCUUACCAGUACACGGUGGCCAACAAGGAGUACGUCGCCUACAGCCACACGGGCCGCAUCAUCCCUGCCAUCUGGUUCCGAUACGACCUCAGCCCCAUCACGGUCAAGUACACGGAGAGACGGCAGCCGCUGUACAGGUUCAUCACCACGAUCUGUGCCAUCAUUGGCGGGACCUUCACCGUCGCCGGCAUCCUGGACUCGUGUAUCUUCACAGCCUCCGAAGCCUGGAAGAAGAUCCAGCUCGGCAAGAUGCAUUGAUGACCUGCCCGCCCCCCUCGGCCAAGGACCCAGCACCCUGGCUCCUGUCCUGAACCUGGCCCAGGAUCUGGCUGCAUCCCAAAGUGGGGGGAGGGGAGGCGGGGUGGCUUGCCGGUUCGCAGCUACCUCUUUUCCCCAUGUUUCCUUUCAGACGAAUUACGCUGCCUGAAGUUGUGGUGCCCCUUCUCCUGAGGAGCCCCAAGACCAGAGUCAGAGAAGGGGUGCUCGGGGAUGUUGGGGACCACUCCUGGGAGGGCUAGAGUCCCUUCUCUCGCGCGGGACCAGCCCAGAAUCCAUGUCGACCAGCUCCCAGCCAGGCUUUGACAAUCUCUCAGCCCCCACCAUUUGGACGCACUAAUCACUUGGUUUCCCCCCUGGGCAGCCAACCCGCAGACCUGGA